AUGACAAAAUUAUCCACUCUAGGGAAAAUCACAUUAAUAUCUGUAAUAUUAUAUGCAAUAACGUUGACAUUAUUAGAAAUAAUGGUGAUUGUUUUUCAUCAUGAUUUCGUUGGCCAAUUUAAACUUGACCCUCAAGGGAAAGGUAUAUCUGAAGCUGAUUUAAUCUAUCAUUCGAUAUUUAUCUUAUCACUCGUCUUUCAAAUAUUAUUAUGUAUCGAUGCGUUAUGGAGAAAAAACACAAUUCAAUUAAUAGCUUUGGUUAUAUUUAACCUUCUCUCAUUAGCUUAUGCUGGAGUACAACUUUAUCAACACAUUAUAUUAGAAGAUGAAGGAACCGAUAAAGCAGAUUUUGUGCCAAAAGAUAUUCAAAAAUAUCCAACACGAGACGACGCCAAACGCUAUUUUAAAUCCAGGAUGAGACCAUUAGAAUAUGUAAUAAUUGGCAUAGUUGGACUCUUUUCAUUAUAUUUAGCAGGAUUAGUAUAUAAAUUGUCGAAACAGUUUGGAUGGGAAAAUUAUAAAACAUAUUCCGCUGAUGUACAAGUUCGUAACGCUUUCGUAUCAUUGUCGAUAUUACAAACAUUAAUCAAGUUGGACGUAUUUUUCAUUGGAUCAUAUGCUAUACAACUUAUACCUUCACGUAGUAUUGGAUAUAGUGGAAAAAUUAUUGAAACCGUAUUGAUUUUUUUAAUCGGGACAAUAAUGUUAUUAAUGGCAUGGUAUUCUGUCACAAAAGAAAGCAAAUAUAUUUUACUCUCUGUUGUAAAUUUAUUAAUGCUUUCAGUAGUUUAUAUGGUUUAUCGUUUAAUCACCAUUAAUUUACCAAAUAAUCGUGAAAAUGAUCCUUAUUUAUAUACUAGACGUCUUUUAAGUUUCUCUUUGACCACAACUAUUUGUUUAGUGAUUGGUACGAUUUAUUAUGCUUUGGUGAGUUUUAGAAAUAUGAUGCGUGGUAUUUAUGUAUUUAGUGUUUAUGGCUUACCUAGUCGUGAAGAACAACAAGUAUCAGGAAUUCAACCAGGCAAUAACUUUAAUAGUGAAUAUCUUGGUUAUGACGGAUAUAGUGGUGGUACUGUUGAUGAUUCACAAAGAAAAUCAAAAAGAGCUAGUAAAAUUGCUGAAGUUGCUCAUCAUAAUCGUAUCUCUAGAAGAUUAAGCAUUGAUUAA